GUGGCAGAUCCUAUCUAGCCUAUACUACGAAGCCGAAAGAUGACGUCAACAGCAUUCCCGAAGUACGAGCAUAUGGCGACCAAUGUCGCACGCUUCCAGCACCAGAGCAUCAAUGAGGUGCGGAUCUCUGCACUCUGUGCGAAUCUGGUUCUGUCUCUCGUUACACGUUAUCGCCUGGAGCAGGAGGCAUUUCAACCAUUUCCAGAUAAUGAUGAAACGCUAGAAAAGAAGGCAAAUGAAGCUGCAAAGAAACUUGGGGGCGAAUUCAUGGAGACCACGCGGGACUUUUCUGGGACCAGUGCAGUCGAGGAGUCCCGGAAAGAGCUCUCAAGGGCAAUGGAGGCGGAGCAGGCUCAUAUGCUUCGCAGGAACACAGCGCUAAUGACAGCUCUCUGCUUUGAUCCGCUAACCAAUGCCUACAGAGAAUUGCGUAUGCAGGACUGCGAAAGGACGUUUGAGAACAUGUGGAGGACACGCGUCUUCUGGUCCACUAAGUGCUUAUGGCCCGGGCCAGCGGUGCUCUUUGGUUUCAAGGUAACAGCAUAUCGAACAGCUCGUCGACACCUUGAUCAAGCUCAGCGCCACACAUCAGCAUCUACAGGUGAAGGAUCUGAGCGCUCUGCUGGCUACUCCUCCUCUCCUUCUGUGUCUCUCAGCGAUGCCAUGAAAUAUAAAGUCAUCAUGACGUGGAUUGACCACGACUUGGCGAAGCAUGCAAAUUUGGUGCUGACCAAUUUCAUGAUGGUGAUGGCCACCAUUGGAGCGAUUGUCAUCGGUGGAAUUUGGUUUGCUUGGAAGAUUCUUGCCUUUUUCGGCAGCGGUACAUCUCCUCCAAUUCGCUCUAUUCCACCUGACUAUUACCCCGAUAGUGCUGACUUCCUCAGCAGCAUCACGAAGGGGAUUGUGAUGCGAAGCCCUUAUGGGAAUCCCAUGAUGACGCUUCAAAGUUUGAAGGCCGGCAGCUGUGGGCUCCCCCCCCCCCCUCCCCACCCCUUCUGCUGCGAUAUCCCUACUAUGAUGAUGAGAAAGUUAGAUAAACUCUGUCUGUUCACCGCUUCACUGUGCCUUGCCGUGCUUUUCAAGCAUUUGGUCGGCAGCAAGUACAGCACUCUGGAUCGGUAACAGAGGCAAUUUUGACAUGAGGCCCGAUGAUGAGGGAGUUAGUUACACCAUCUUCCUGAGAUGCACACACUCUUGACGAAAGGCAAGCAGUACCAAAGUCUACCGCCUGCUGGUACCGGUCUAUCAGGAGAAUAUGUGGGCCUAGCUCUGGCCACUGUUUAGGCCAUGAUUGAUGUCGCAGUCAGAGACUGGUCCAACUUGGAUUCAAAUGGACCUCUUGCGGUCACUAAGGCCAAGUGUAACUGUAUACGCAACCUCACUUAUCUCUUUCGUACACUCUUUUCUGUAGCCCAUGUUUCCAGUUUCUGCAACUCCCCCGCCCAUAUCUUUGUGCUUGCCUGUUUUCUUUCCUCUGCUUCUUCCUCUUUUAGUCCUACUAAUCUAAGUUCUUCAGCCCUAGUCUAUGUCUACGAACGGCUAUCGCAGACAUGCUCACACAACUGCUGACAUUUCUGCCUACAGACUGAGUAACACACAGCCAGACUACUAACAGCAAAACUGUGAACAGUCAAAACUGCUGCCUGAGAACUCCGUGAUGUAGUCAUUACCUGACCUUACUGUUCCACGAACCUUCCUCCUCUCUUCCACGAAUCUUCAUUUCCUCUUCCAAGCUACGGCAGAGUUUCCUCUGUGCGGAUUCAGGGACGACAGGAGUUUGCAUACGCCGUAGUUCGCGAGGAUGACACAGCAGCAGUUUGCAUCUGCGUAUAGUACGACGACUCAUAGUGAGAAGAUGAGACAGCUAGUGAAACUCGCCGGUUGUUUCUAUGCUGCACACAUUUUUCGUUGAAUGUAGCCGCCAAGUCUUCAAAGUUGCAAACUGCUGAGAGGUAUCACCGUGUUCCGUUUGGGGGAGAAUGAGUUUAGUGAGUAACAUCAGUUUGCAGAUGCAUGCAACGCGAGGUGGACUCCUCCAAGACGCUCGCCUACUCGUUUUCUACGCUGCGUGCACUUGGGGAAUUGUUAUCCGCCUGAGUUUUCUUCGGACUGGCAAGGGGCUGUGGCAAGUCUUCAAAGAUGCAAUCUGCUCUGAGAGAGACGACUGUGUUUCCUUUGAUAGACUGAGUGACAACAGCGGUUUCCCGAUGUAUGCAAGGUGAGGUAGAUUGCUUGGAUUGCUCGUCUACUCGUUGUUUACACUGCCCGCGCACUUGGGGAACGCGGGGAAUAUUAUUGUCCGCCGGAGUCUUCGUCGAACUGGCAAGGAGCUCCGGCAAGUCUUCCAAGUUGCAAUCUGGUGAGAGCUAUGGCUGUGUUUCCUGUGGUAGAACGAGUGAUAACAGUGGUUCCCGAUGUAUGCAAGGUGAGACAGAUUGCUUGGGUUGCUCGCCUACUUGCACUCGGGAACUCGGGGAGCUAUUGUCCGUCUGAGUCUUCUUCAAACUGGUGAGGAGCUGCGGCAGAAAGUUUUCUCUGUGCAGAGCGAGGAUGAUAGCAGUUUGCACGUGUAUGGGAGGAUGACAUGGCUGCCACCUUCCCACAAACAGAAUGUACGUCGUAUGAUCAUUACGCUCCCUGAAUUUGCGGCAACUAUAGGUACAGCGAUAAUGACUGUAUGGUCUAUUCGGGCGGGUGAAGACGGCCAGGUGCCGAUGAGGUUUGCGAGAAACUUCCAGGUGCUGCCACCUCUGUGGUCCUACACAUGUACCUCCCUCUGCAAGAAUAAGGGGCGACAGUGGAUGGGAAAGGAAAAAGUGGCAACAUUGAUUAGACAGCAAUUGUCUGCGACCUAUGGCAUGGUGUGCAAAGAGCCAGAGGACAUUUUUUGAAACGCCUCUCUUCCUGCAUCAGGUAGGGGUUCUUUGACUGUUCCAGCUGCAGGCUGAAGCGCUCCAAAUGUACCGUAUUGUGAAAAGAUAAACGACAGAAAGUCCCAUCCAUACAUGCGAGGAUGUGAGGUGCUGAAUGUCGUCUCGUUUGCAACGAAAACCCAAAUUGAGAAUGGUUGUGUCCCUACGUGAGCCGCACACGAUAAAUGUUAUUCCCAGGU